AUGCUUAGAAGUGCAGCUCCUAGAGAUACAGGGAAAUCUCCAAUCUCCCAGGCUCCUACCUCUGGCAUGCCUUUUAAGGAACAGCAUUUGAAACAGCUCAGAGCCCAAUGCCUGGUCUUUUUGGCAUUCAGGAAUGGUUUGAUGCCAAAGAAACUGCAUCUCGAAAUUGCACUUGGAAACUUUUUUCCCAAAGAAGAUGGACCUCCCAAAGAGCUGAUAGACAAUAGAGGGAAAGAUCAAUAUAUCAAUGAAGUUGGCAGCAUUCCUGAGGUAACGGUGCCAUUUGGAAGACUAGAUAAUGCAAGUGAAACGGAUAGAAGAAUCCCUCCAGGCCCUUCUCCUACUGGAAUGCUUGCAGAGGGAAAUCUUUCUAAGGAAGCUGAGAACACUAACAUGAUGGAAGACAAAAAUGAUCAGCCUUAUGGUCUGUCAGAACCCACAGAAGAAAGGAAUCAUCUUUUAGCAAGAAGAAAACUGGAGGAUGAAGCUCGAACCCAGGAAACAUCAGAAUCACGGGCAUAUGCUGUCAAGGGGCCACAAACUGAUUCAAAGUCGAGGGGUAUAGCAGUCAUUAAUCAAGGAAAUGAUUUGGACAGCCACCAUGGACAAACUGGAAUGGCAAACCGAGCUUCCCCUAUUGUGGGCAUAGUGGAAGAUGGGAAAGAUAAUACUCCACUUCGAUCUCAAACUAUUGAUGACGGAUAUAUUCAAGGAAAUCGUCAUGGUGAUGUUUACUUGCCUAGUAUUCCAUUAAGAGAACAUUGGAAUCCCAUGCCAGGAGUGGAUGGACAACAUCAUCCAGUGAUACCGAUUAAGGAUUCCAGUGUGUUGUUAAAAAAUGGGCAACAAGCACUUGAAACAGAUCGAGAAGAGGAAGAUAUUUCAGUUUCUAAUCAGAUGCUACCAUCUCCAAAGUAUACAACGUCAGAGAAGUGGAUUUUGGAGCAACAGAAGAGGAAACAUCUCACUGAGCGAAAUUGGGUGGUAAAACAGCAAAAGACAGAGCAAAGGAUUGGUGCAUGUUCUGACAAGUUAAAGGAAAAUGUGAGCUCCUCUGAAGAUAUUUCUGCAAAAACUAAAAGUGUAAUUGAAUUGAAAAAGCUUCAAUUGUUGGAGCUUCAACGCCGUCUGCGGAGCUGUAUUUUGAAUGAUUUCUUCAAACCAAUAGCAACUGAGAUGGAUCGCUUGAAAUCGAUUAAGAAACAUAGAAUGGGUAGGAGAUCGAAACAUGUUGAAAAAUUUGAGCAGAGAAUGAAGGAAGAAAGGCAAAAGAGAAUUCGUGAGAGGCAGAAGGAGUUCUUUGGCGAGGUAGAAGUUCACAGGGAAAGACUGGAAGAUGUGUUCAAAAUGAAGAGAGAGCGGUGGAAGGGUUUUAACAAAUACAUAAAGGAGUUCCACAAAAGGAAGGAGCGGAUACAUCGUGAGAAGAUUGACAGAAUCCAGCGUGAGAAGAUUAAUCUACUGAAAAUCAAUGAUGUGGAGGGGUAUCUUCGAAUGGUUCAGGACGCAAAAUCAGACCGUGUUAAGCAACUAUUAAAAGAGACAGAGAAAUAUCUUCAAAAGCUUGGGUCAAAACUACAGGAUGCAAAGGUUGUGGCAAGACAGUUUGAGACUGGAAUGGAUGAGAAUCGAACUGCAGGUACUGUAGAGAAGAGUGACAUUGCUAUUGAGAAUGAAGAUGAUAUUGACCAGGCAAAGCACUAUUUGGAAAGCAAUGAAAAGUACUAUUUGAUGGCUCAUAGUAUAAAAGAGAACGUUGCAGAGCAGCCAACUUGUCUUGUCAGUGGAAAAUUGAGGGAGUAA